UGAAUUCAUGCGUGCGUCUUUAUUAGACGCUGUAUUGUUAUUAAUAAUAUUAUUAAAAGGUCAAGUUCUAUGAAUAAACAGCAGCGCGAAAACAUGCAACGGCGUAGGCUCGCAGGCUGCGGCAGGCGGCGGACUGCGAUGCAUUCGAAAAAAACGCGACGAGCGCCCGGCAAGGUUACGCCAUAACAAAUUCUCUAUUGGCAAAUCAUUCCUGCGAUUCCUGCGACUCGCCGCUGCACUGCACUGCUGCGAAUUAUGACCCUUACGCGUACCCCGUGUGAGCUCGACAAGAUGAGCCUCUUUCAAGACCUUAAGCUCAAGAGGAGAAAAGUUGAUUCACGUUGUAGCAGUGACGGCGAAUCUGUAGCCGACACGAGCACAUCCUCGCCGGAUCUGGUGAGUCCGCCAUCGCCGAAGAUGACGGAUGCCGGGCCAAACCCGCCGAGCCCCGACUCGACGCCGCCCGGUCGCAACCAUCACCAGCAUCCAGCAGAAGCUGAGGUCGUCUCCAGUCGGCUACAAGAGCCAGGCGUGUUUGAUGGCGGAGGAGCCGGUGGCGGUGCCAGCGCUGGCACCACGAGCGUCAUCCGCCUGCUGUCUGGUUCGCGUGCUCAGUCGCCCCCGCUACGGCCAGCGCCUGCUACAUCGCCGCCGACGCUACCCCCUCGUCCCCACAGCUCACCCGGCCGACCAGCGAAUGCCAGCCCGGUGAUACGCCACAGUCCGCUGAUCAUUUCGCCGCAGAUCGCCCAUCAAACAAGUCCAGUUCAUCAACUACCCCAGUUACAACAUUCACCGCCAACGCAUCAUGCGCGACAGACAUCCCCACAGCAUCAACCGCACCAUCAACUAUCCCCGCAAGCACAGCAGCAACUACAGCAUCAACAACAACAACAGCAACAUCAGCAACAUCCAUCAAGUUCCCCACGUAACGUCCAAGGAGUUAUCAUGUGCCAGCAGGCGACAGUAAUACAAAACCAGUUGUGGAUUCAGAAUUCUCGCAUCAACGGCGUGAAGCCCGAACUCAUCGGUGGGAACUUUAACAAUUCCGUGUUGCUUGGGCAUCAGGAGCAGAAACAAACCAUGCUUAGUCCUGGUGGUGGUGGUGGAGGCGGCAGCACUGGCGGUGCACGCGCGAAUUCCAAUCCACCAAUUCGACAAACCCCUACGGUGAUUAUGGGCGAAGCAGGAGGUGUGCGCACCAUGAUUUGGUCACAACCCACAAGCCUAGCCCAAUCUCCAAUGGUCGAACCCCAAUUGCACGCAACCACGUCAACGUGGAGCAACAGCAGCAACUCGAACCACUCGUCGGCUACGAAUCCCGAAGAGAGCGCCGCACAGAUGCUGCUCAACCUGGGCCAGGAGCGAAGUCGCAGCGCGGUAAUCUCGAGAAAUGUUACCACCACCAUGCGGUCACCAACGUCCCAUUUUAGUAAUGUUCCGUUAAACAUGGAGCGAUUAUGGGCGGGCGACCUUACACAACUACCCGCGAAUCAACAGAUACAAGCGCUGAAUUUAUCCUCACCGACGGCGCUACCACCGGCACCUCCCAUGAUGUACGGAAACAUCAAACAGGAGAUGAAGGCGCCCCAGGGUAUAAUCGACCCUGGUGUAGUGUUGGAAAACCACGAGGAGGAAGAACAACCAAUGAUCUGCAUGAUUUGCGAGGACAAAGCAACGGGACUGCACUACGGUAUCAUCACCUGCGAGGGGUGUAAAGGUUUCUUCAAGAGAACCGUACAAAAUCGGCGGGUGUACACGUGCGUGGCGGAUGGAAAUUGCGAGAUCACCAAGGCGCAGCGGAACAGGUGCCAGUACUGUCGGUUUAAGAAGUGCAUCGAGCAAGGCAUGGUGCUUCAAGCUGUCAGAGAGGACCGAAUGCCGGGUGGACGUAAUUCAGGCGCUGUUUACAACCUGUAUAAGGUGAAGUACAAGAAGCACAAGAAGACGACCAACAAACAAGCGCAAGCGAAGCAGAUGGCGACCGAAAAGUCGAUGCUCUCGCCGCUGGUGAAAGCCGAACCUCCACAGGCGGCUAUCCCACCGCACCUCGUCAACGGCACCAUCCUCAAGACGGCGCUGACGAACCCCAGUGAGGUGGUGCAUCUGCGCCAACGGCUCGACAGUGCUGUGAGCAGUUCGCGUGACCGAAACUUCAGCAUCGAGUACACGCUCUCGAUGAUACAGACGCUCAUCGAUUGCGACGAGUUCCAGGACAUUGCCACGCUGCAAAACCUCGAAGAGUUGCUCGACCACAAGUCCGACCUCAGCGAGAAGCUCUGCCAGAUCGGCGACUCCAUCGUCUACAAACUGGUGCAGUGGACCAAGCGGCUGCCCUUCUAUUUAGAACUGCCCGUAGAGGUGCACACGCGCCUGCUCACGCACAAGUGGCACGAGUUGCUCGUACUCACCACCAGCGCGUACCAGGCGAUACACGGCCAGCCACACAAGAUGAGUGACAUUAGCAGUGAGCCGCCGGCGUUUAGUCAGGAAGUGAAUACGAAUCUGUGUACACUUCAGAACUGCCUCACCUCAAUGAUGGGUAGGCAGAUCACGAUGGACCAAUUGCGACAGGACGUGGGAUUAAUGGUCGAGAAGAUCACCCAUGUCACCCUGAUGUUCCGUCGGAUAAAGUUGACGAUGGAGGAAUAUGUGUGCCUUAAAGUUAUCACCAUGCUUAAUCAAGCUCGACCUGGUGGAGCCACAGGUGCAGCAGAAUUGGAAAAUAUACAGGAGAGAUACAUGACUUGCCUGCGGGCAUAUACGCAACAUAUCUGUCCCCAACAACCGUCUAGGUUCCAGGAAUUACUAGUGCGAUUACCGGAAGUUCAAUCGGCAGCUGCUCUACUACUCGAAAGCAAAAUGUUCUAUGUUCCUUUCUUACUGAAUUCGGCGAUCCAGAGAUAGUAGCAGUGGCGAUCUCGCAAACAACUUCUCAUCAAGGCAUCAAACACAGACGAGGUAGACGAAGUAGGCACACGAUCGGCAUCCGGACGGACGCAAACGCAAGUACACUCACGUUUCAUCCACAAAACGAAACAAUCUCUCACCAACCAACCACCAUCGCAAUAAAACUAGCGUGGAGGGCAUUGAACAAAAAAAUGGAAAUAUAUUUGAUAUAUUUAUAUCGGUUAAUUGAUGCGUUAUUCGAUUGAUUAAGCGAACAUUUGCGAUGACAAAGACUAUGUACUACUUGAACGGAACGACUGAACGAUUUUAUUCGCAACUUGAAUGCCCGCGCACCACUCUCUUCGUACGUCGACAGAAUUUAUACAAUUAUGUAUGCAUAAUUUACUACUAUAGGUUUUAUUGAAUUUAUAUAAUGAUAGCGUUUAUAUACUGCCAGCUCAUUCACUACCAAGAUGGAGGAUCUUCGUUGCGUUGUGCGAAUGUGCGUUGUUUUUUAUACGCCUUUAUUGCACAUAUGUUGUUGCAACGAGUUUAGUUACCAAUUGAUUACUUGUACAAAACAGAAAAACCUACUGCCUGAGUUACAAUCGUACACGCCAUUGAGCAAGAGCAUAAACAAAUAAACACUGCCCGACGAUUACCCCCCAGGACUACUUUUACAAUAAACAUAGUGCAACUACACAGACACGAAUCAGAGGCACCUGCGGAUGCCUCGUAAUUGUUAAAAACAGAAAAACAAACAACCACCUGUCAAGAUUACUAUACCGGAAUACACAUAACACAUAAAUAAAAGUAUUUGUAAGUAAUUGUACAUAGAAUUUUCGUUUGUAUAAAUUGAACUAAUACGAAUAAUUUGCGUGAUGAGUGAAGAGUGAUGGAAUUACAUACGCGACGAGUAACAAAUGAAUAUAGUUGCAGCAUUUUUUUGAUGCAAACGAUUGCGAAUGAUUGUUUUUGUUUGUUUCUAAUUUAUUGUCCGUAAAUCUAUGCAUAUGGCGCAUUUUUUCACGUGUGUAUAUGAAAAUAAGUGAGUUUUUUAAUGCUGUAGGUAAAUACGAUUUAAUUGUUAUUGUAGUUUUAUAAUUACCAGUGGAAUUAUUACAGUGCUGAAAUGUUUCUUAAAUUCAUCGCUUCAUUUCGUUGAUCAUUUCAUUCGUUGUGAGAUUUUCGAGCUGUAAUCGUUCCAUGCCGCGCGAGUCCAACACUGAAUGAGUUACCAAUUUUUUGUUAAUGUAAUUUUGUACUUUUAGCGAAUAAGUAAACGAAAAAGAAAUUAUUACGGAUGCAAAUCAAGGCGAAACCAAAUUACUCAUAUUUUCAUGUUCAUUAUCAAAAAAAAAAACAUCGUUUGUCGAUUGCGAAGCAAAACAAAAUCACAUUACGUUCGGAAUCUCGUCACACACACGUUUACACACGGACACGAUCGUGUUGAUUUCAAUAUAUUGCGAGGUACAUAACAUAAGAAGAUAUUAUAAUAAAUAUAAAUCGUUUCCGAAACGAAAGUCUGAGUGCGUUGCCUUCAAUAAAAGCGCGCUGCUCUUUACGCGCGUGAUAAUUUCCAGCAAAUUUGGCGACAAGUCUUAAAUUCCACCACUGCCAUUUUCUGUUUUUGAUUACCACGAGCACUGCCAGUAAACAAGUCUCUAGUCGCUAUUAAAAACUCUUCUAUCCUUAACGCAAACACAAGACAAUUCAUCCCAUUGCCACGCAUAUAUAGUUACCAAUACAAUUACCAAAUAAUUUAUAAGUUGCAAUGUCGUCAGAGUGUGUGGAAAUUAUCGCGGGGCAGUGAACGGCGCGUGAUAUAAAUACAUUCUUACAUUACAGAUAAUAUACAACAUAGAUCGAGAAGACUAGAUUAUAGAAGAUGAAAAUAUAUUUAAUGAGCAAAUCCGGUGAUGAAACAAAUGACGAAAAUAUGCAGAUAUGAACGAGUAGGAAAUAGUGAACGAAUAAAAAACUUGCAAGUUAAAAUCGACGACAACUAAAUUCAAUGAAACGACUUUUUGACGAUGAAAAUUUGACACAAAUUGUAAGCGCAACGUGUACCUAUACUUGUCUGUAUGUCGGAGCGAAUGGAAAUUUUCGGCGAAAUCAAUCCAUGGGUGAAUGAACACAACAAAGUUGACAAGUUGUGCACCUGCAAGGUGCCAACAGUGUGCAAGCGAAUGAAAGAAUGCGCGACGGAUGCACGAAGACACACAAAAUUACUAUUAAUAACAAAUAUUGAUGAUUGUGAAAUAUAUUAUAUAAAUUAUGUGUAUAAAGAUGAGAAGGAAAAAAAUUCUACCGGAAUAUGAAGUAUGAAGUACUAGCUUUAUUACGUUUUCGGUUACUUUCGAUGUUUCUCGUUUUUCUUGACCCACAUACACAAAACAUUUUACACAAAACAUCAAACACAUUAAAUUGUUACCGUGAUUACCAAAAGAAAAUUGCACGUUUUUAGUCUUGAGUUAAAGUUACCAUCUGAAGCUAAAAACGAACUACAAGAAAAGAGAAAAAUUAGUACAAAGAUCAUUUACGACGUUUCUUGGUCAAUUAAUCAAACUAGAAUUUAUGUUGGACAUAUACAGCAACAAGCUAUGAUAUUUGAGAUUGUAAACAAUUGAGAUGAUAUGAUAUAAAUGGUACGAUAUUGAUAUGUGUAAAGGAAAUUUUUAGAAAAAUGUGUAUAUAUCUAUUACUAACACGGAUAUUUUGUAAAGUUCGACAUUGUGUGAAUUCUUACUUGAACGAGGAACUUGAUAGGAAACGAUGAUGAAGAGAAAAAGAGAUCUAUAGGCUGUACAAUUAUAAAUAUUUUGACUAAGUGUCCAAUAAUGAGCUACCUGAUGUGAGUAUGUAUAUUGUUUAAGUAAGAAGCACUAUCUAUAUUAUACUAUACGUUAUCUGUUAUUAAUUUCAACUUUUAUGAACCUCCCACAAUGAAGACAAACUCACACAAAACCACUAGACACAAACCAGUAAACUACUGCCUUAGAUUUAAUCAUUUUUGCAACAUUUUCGGGUAUUGUACUUACAAACAAAUCUUGUUUCCUUUCUUACUCGUAUGAGAAUGUAAAAACUACAAUCAACAUUUCGAUGAAUAUGCAAAACGAAAAUCGAGUUGUGAAAUAAUUAUUUAUUGCUUUCUGCUAAUUUUCUAACUGUAAACUUUUGUCUCUUGUCGGAUUUUCAUCUACACUUUCGGUUGGACUUUGAUUGUUCCUUGAUUUGGACUUUUGUCUAUACAUUUUUGUUUUACCUGUUUUUUUUUUAUUAUAUUCUGAUCCUAAAUGCUACUAUUUUUUGUACGUAUGUAAUUUGUAUUGUAUGUACUGUAUAUUUUUCGCAUAAAACUACCUACGUUUACGUUUCAUUUGUAUCUAUAUAACAUUUUACAUUAAUUUACACCCGAGUUGCGAUGCGCUCACGUGAUUCUUUUAAUUAAUUAUUUCGUUAGUUAAUAUUACUAUUGUACAUCGUUAUAUGUUGAUAUGUCCCUCUUCUCGGCCGGCUUUACACACGAGACAUUUACAUCCCCCAUCGACAUGAAAUUGUUUCUUGCAAUCAAGCGACUCGAUUCGACUCACAUUCACACUCACACCCACACACGAUGACUAUGUCCUCUAUGUUCGUUCGAUUUUCUUUCAAGAUUGAAGCGUAUUUCAAUUGAAGAAGAAUACUUUUUUAUUGAAUUUGUAUUAUUGUGUAGACUAGGAAUCGAUCUAUUAUUAUUAUUAUUAUCUACUGAUUAAUUAUUAUUAUAAAUAUUAUAAAUAUAUUUGAGUUACCGUUAUUAAUUGAUAAGAGAAGUUUAUUAAAUUUUAAGGAAUUAUUAUAUAAAUAAAAAUGAUAAUGAAAUAAUGAGCUUGUGUAAAAAUAAAUUCAAACUCGAGAAUUA